AUGAGCGCGUCGAGAAUAGGGCGAAGCGCGGUGAAAGCGGCCAAAGGGCAAGCACCCGGGCCGUUACGGGCACCCAAAACCACCAAAACCAGCCCAGCACCGCGGCAGACAAGCCCUCGGUUGCUCAAACGCGCGAACCCGCACCUGCAAAAUCUCAGCUCCGACUCUGCAACGGCGUUGCAAGCUCGCAUGUCUCCUAGGGCAAUGACCGUCUUAGGCGUCAGCGCCCUGGUUAUAAGCACCUACUGCGGCUAUCUCUACGCCUCAUACCGUCGCGAGGUGAACCAAGCGCAGUCCCUGACUGUUCCAGAGGACGUCUCUGACCGGUAUAACCAUACCGCGCGGACGUUCGACGCGGACGUUGAGCUCUCAGAGAAACUAAUGCGCCUGGGCGCGAAGCGCCGCGAUCUUGUGCGGCAGGCGCGAGGGAAUGUAUUGGAGGUCAGUUGUGGGACUGGCCGGAAUCUGGAGUACUACGAACUAGGAGAGAAACGGGGGAUUAUCGAUGAAAAGAGUCAAGUGGGCGUUCGAGGGUGCCGGACCGUUACAUUUGUGGAUUUGAGUCCGGAGAUGGUCGCGAUUGCGAGGGCGAAGUUUGAGAAACUCUAUCCUGGUUUCAUUGGGAGUGAGAAGGUUCAGUUCCGCGCGCAGGAUGCGAGGGAUGUUCCUCCGCCGUCAUUGUCGGCGUCGGGUUCGGUACUGCCAUCCGAGUCGCAAGGGCAAGGGCAGGGUAAGGGGCAAGGGUAUUACGACACGAUUGUGCAAACAAUGGGACUGUGCUCGAUGCCGGACCCUGCGGGGGCCCUGCGGCACCUAGGGACGAUCACAGAACCGCAGCAUGGCCGCAUCCUGCUCUUAGAACAUGGCCGAUCGCAUUACGACUGGCUGAAUCGCGUGCUGGAUAAUCUGGCCCCCGCGCAUGCGGACCGACAUGGGUGUUGGUGGAACCGUGAUAUCGGACAGAUUGUUCGAGAUAGCGGCUUGGAGAUUGUCGAGGAGGAGCGCUACCAUUUCGGGACAACGUGGAGAUUUGUUUUGAGGCCCAAGCGGACGUAG